GUCACAUUCAGUAACCUUUUGCAUUCGUGGAUAAAUAAAUAAAUAAAUUGGACAGCCAUGGAGAGCCUCAGACUGCUGGUAAUGGAAACCUAUAGUAGCUUACUCGAUCGGGAGCUUUGCAUCAACGAAUGGGCACAGGAGCGAUUAAGUUUUGCGGAGCCAUUCUGGCGAUUUAUGAGCAUAUAUCUGGAGCCAAGCGUUCUUUUUAAUCUCCUCAUACCCCUAUCUGGCAUCUACAGUCAGGAACUACUCACACACCUGCUCUCGGCGGUUACUCUGGUCAGCACUUUGAACUCCUUUGAGAAGUGGAUCUAUCCAGAGAUGCGUCCCUUGUGGUGGCUCAGAGAGCAGUAUGCCAAAGGCCAGGUUCUAAACAAGCCGCAAGUUGCUUUGGAAAGCAAUAACCUGAGCUGUGAAACCAGCGGAGGGCUUCCCUGUGCCCACUCGAUGACUUUCACGGUUUUUAUUCUCAUCCUAGCAUCUUUUUUCUUCGUUCACUGCUGGCAGAGAUAUGUAUACUGGCGUUCCUCCGUUUGGCGUUUCUUUCUGUAUCCUGUGAUCGUUGGAGUGGUGGUCUGCAUGUGGCUAAGCCGGCUCUACCUGGCCACCGAAUUCCUACACCAGUGCGUUCUGGGCAGUUACUUCGGCAUCAGAGCCUUGAAUUGCUUCGAGGGAAACAUAAAGUACCUAUACUCCAGGCGACGACGAAACGCUGUAGUGGUUGUUACCAUAUUAGGAGGAAUCGCUGUAGGAGUUUAUUUUCUAAAGCUGCGUCUUAGCAUCGAUCCUCAUUGGUCAGUGAGAGAGGCUUUCAAAUGGUGCCCCGAAGCCACGUACAUGCGUCACGAGGCAAGUCCUAUAUUCGUGCUUACACGAGAUUUGGGAAACCUAAUGGGAGUGGCUUUGGCGUCCCCCCUAUCGAAGCAAAAGACGAAGGAGUCAACAUUUUUACGAAGGUGUAGUGUCUUGGGAGCCUUGGAGUUAAUUAAUUAUGGUUUGCGUCAAGCUACUCCCAAACAGAACGGCAGAUUUGCUUUCCUAGCCUAUGAAUUCUCGAGAAAUGCUUUCCAUUCCUUGACAUUGCUAAAAUAUUUAACGAAAUUGUACUAGAAUUAAUAUUAUAUUAAUGUAAAUAAAAUAACUUUAGGAAAACAUA